UUGGAUUGUGGGCCAUUUUCCUUCUUUAGAUGGACCCAUAUAUAUCUACUGUAAAACGUGUACUACUGAAGGAGAUAAAAUAAGAAAAUGGAGUUGACAGAGGCCAUUUUUGCAUCGUUACAGGGAGAGAGCAAAAUACGGUGAGGACUGAGGAAGUGAGGAUAUGGCAAACGCGGCUUCUCCGAACCCCGACACUGACACUGAGAUCGACAAUAACGAUAGCCCUAUUCCUUCAGAUGGUCUAAUUCCUUCUGUGACCCCUUUGGUUUGCCUUCUGAGGUUCGCCGGCGACUCGGCAGCUGGUGCUUUCAUGGGUUCAAUAUUCGGCUAUGGUACAGGGUUGCUCAAAAGGAAAGGCUUUAAAGGAUCUUUUGCAGAGGCUGGAUCUUCUGCCAAGACAUUUGCAGUUUUAUCUGGAGUUCACAGUCUAGUUGUCUGCUUCUUAAAGAAGCUGAGAGGAAAAGAUGAUGUCAUAAAUGCAGGGGUUGCUGGAUGCUGCACGGGUCUUGCUCUAAGUUUUCCAGGUGCACCUCAGGCUCUUCUCCAAAGCUGUCUCACCUUUGGAGCAUUUUCGUUUAUUAUUGAAGGACUUAAUAAGCAGCAGCCAGCAUUGGCACACUCAUUAUCAAUGAGGAACAGAGGGACGCCUAAUGUUCUUCCUCCAUUUACUCUCCCCCUUCCUGAUGACUUAAAAGAAGGCUUCUCUGCCUUCUGCCAAUCAUUAAAGAAGCCCAAGAGAGAUGUGCGGCCAACUUCACACUAAUUACAUUUGUAAUGAAGUGCCUUUUCUUGUUCGUCAUCAUUAUCCAGGAUAGUUUGUCUAAGUAUCAGUUCAGUUCAGUUCAGUUCACAGAGAGAGAGAGAGAGUUGCAAGCUGAAUCGUGAAAUACUUUUCUAUGUGAUUCCUCAUGCCGAUGUAUCUUUGAAUUAUAUGCUAAAAAGGAACUAUUCUACCUGGGAUUUUCAUGAAGAAACUAUUCAAAUUUUCAAACA